UAUAAAUGACAGAGGAGAAAGUGCACAUAGACAAUCGGUGCUUGUAAAAAGGACACACAAUAUAAUAAUGUCACAAAGACAUGACUGGGGUUAUGGCACUUUCAAUGGUCCAGACACAUGGGAAGAAUAUUUCCCAAAUGCCAAAGGACAAAAGCAAUCACCUAUUGAACUGCACACCCGGUAUAUUAAGCAUGAUGCCAGCCUGCGGCCAUGGACUUCUUCUUACCGCCCAGGAUCUUCUAUGACUAUUGCCAAUGAUGGAACUACAGUCAAAGUGAUGUUUGAUGGUUCAUCAGUGAUAAAAGAUGGGCCUCUUACUGGAAGUUACAGACUGCGUCAAAUGCAAUUUCACUGGGGUUCUUCUGAUGACUGUGGGUCCGAGCAUGUUAUAGAUGGACUGAGAUAUGCAGGAGAGAUUCAGUUUAUUCACUGGAACUCAAAGUAUGACAGUGUUACAGAGGCCAGGAAGCAUCCUGAUGGAGUGGUUAUUGUAUCUGUGUUUUUAAAAAUUGGCAAAGCAAGACCCCAACUGAAGUCAAUUCUAGAAGCACUGGAUUGCAUCAAGGCUAAGGGAAAGAAAGCUCAUUUCACAGAUUUUGACCCUUCAAUCCUGUUUCCUGCAUCUCGAGAUUAUUGGAUGUACCAAGGGUCUUACACAACCCCCCCAUGUGAGGAAUGUGUGACCUGGCUGCUCUUAAGAGAACCCAUCACAGUCAGCUCUGAACAGAUGGAAAAAUUUCGGAGCAUUUUCUCAACUAUGGAGUGUGAAGUUCCAAUGCACAUGGUGAACAAUUUUCGGCCCACCCAGCCUCUAAAUGGGAGAGAAGUUAGAGCGUCUUUUGACUAGAAUACCAUUUAGGCUGUGAUAUAUACUCUGCUUUGCUAGCUGAUCCCAAUAGCAGACCCUUAAAUAAUGCUAAGCAAUAUGUUAUCAGUAAAUUCAAAAGAGAGAGGUAGGUGGUUGCUUACUUGGCCUUUCGCCAAACUCCCAUGAAUGCUAAUGGAGUGGACCUGAACAAACAAUGCUACUUACUGAUUGAUUUCAAUAGAAAAAGCUGUUAGAAAUCAGUAAAUGGAUGUUACAGGGACUCUGUUCACCCACCAAGUAAAUGUCUUAGUGGUUGAGACCCAAAAUAUACUUCGUAUAUGGCUUAUAUUGCACAAAUUUGUUAGUGGUAUUGUUUAAAGGGGUGGAAAACAUUUUUUUUUUUAA